AUGGCUGAUCAAGGUCGCCUCAGUGGCAUCUUAGGACCAUUCCGGCUCGUCUGGGUAUCCGUCAAAUUGCACUACCGCGCUUUCAAAAAAGCCAUUCGCAAAGACGGUCUCGCUUCUCUUACACAUCCCCAACGAAUUCGAGACGCUGCUGUAGCAAAACUGUUCAUAUUAACUUCCUCCGGUUUCAUCGCCUAUGAAAACACCACCUCUGUCCCCUCCCUUGUCCGCGCCGCUCAAGGCAAAAUACUCGAACUCGGCCCCGGACCAGGCAACCAGAUCCACCGCUACGAUCCAUCUCUGGUAGACAUCAUAUACGCCGUUGACCCUAACCCCAACUUUGAAAACCCAGUUGCCGUAAAGCUCAAGAAACUUGAUCUCCAAGAUAAGUAUAAGUUUCUAGCGUGUGGUGUUGAAGAAAGCGAUAUUUUGAUGAGGGAGGGGAUUACAGAGGGGAGUAUGGAUACUGUGGUAAGUAUUCAGGUAUUGUGUUCGGUGCGGGAUGUGAAGAGUGUGAUGAGGGCUCUGUGGAAGUUGUUAAGGCCAGGGGGCAGUUUUGUAUUUUGGGAACAUACGAGGAAUAAGGAUACUGUUACGGCUAUGGUGCAAGCUUGUUGGAAUCCUGCUUGGAGCGCACUCGUCGGGUGUUGUCUGAAUCGGGACAUCAAGGCGGAUAUCCUUGCUGCUGGAGAGUGGGAGAACCCCGGUGACAUUGAGGUGGCCGAUGAUCCGUAUAGUUGCUUGCCCAGGAUUUGGGGAGUGCUUAAGAAGAAAGCUUGA